ACCCUGACUGCCCGCUGCCACCAGUGUGUCAUCGUCACCAGCUCCAGCCACCUCCUGGGCACCCACCUGGGCACAGCCAUUGACGGGGCCGAGUGCACCAUCCGCAUGAACGACGCUCCCACCACCGGCUACGAUGCUGACGUGGGCAACAAGACCAGUUUCCGCGUGGUGGCUCACUCCAGCCUCUACCGCGUCCUCAAGCGGCCCCAGGAGUUCGUCAACAAGACCCCAGAGACCAUAUUCAUCUUCUGGGGACCACCUAUCAAGAUGCAGAAGAGCCUCGUGAAGAUCAUCCAGCGCGUCUGCGCCUCCUUCCCCAACAUGACGGCCUAUGUCGUGUCCCAGCAGUUUGAUGACCUGUUUCGGGGGGAGACAGGGAAGGACAGGGAGAAGUCACGCUCGUGGCUCAGCACCGGCUGGUUCACUAUGGUGAUCGCAGUGGAGCUGUGCGACGCCGUCCACGUCUACGGCAUGGUGCCACCCAGCUACUGUGGCCGCCACCCCCCUCCUCGCCGCCUGCCCUACCACUACUACGAGCCAAAGGGCCCCGACGAGUGCACCACCUACAUCCACAACGAGCGCAGCCGCAAGGGCAACCACCAUCGCUUCAUCACCGAGAAGAGAGUCUUUGCCAGCUGGGCCAACCUCUACAACAUCACCUUCUCCCACCCCACCUGGCCCUAG